CGGCCGUUGGCUUGGUUAGGGUAACUUGAGCUCCAAUAAUGCCAGGCGGUGAAAGGAGGUAAAUUAACCCAAGAUUAGGUGGUCAACUGGUCAACUUGUUCAACUCUGGGGUGUGGUCAACCCGUAUACAACAGGCCACAGCUUACGGGUUAUACUAACUAAUAACACUAAUUGCUAUUUUGUAUUAGUUAUACAAGAUUAAAACUAACUUUCAUUUUACUUGACCAUGUCCGAACCUACCACGAAGCCUCUUUUAGGCCAUGUCCUCGUUAUCGGCGGCUGUGGCUUUCUCGGCCACCACGUCGUAAACCUCCUCCUACGCGACUGGUCCUGCACCGUUUCCGUCGUCGAUCUCAGGUGCCAGCGCAACCGAAGACCCGAGUCCGACGGGGUCCAGUACGUCGAGGCCGAUAUCACGGAUGCCGAUGGUUUGGUCAAGGUGGUCGGGAAGCUAAAGCCCAACGUUGUUAUACACACGGCCUCGCCGCCCGCCCAAGGGCUCGGUGCCGUUGCGAAUGACGUAUUUAAGAAGGUCAAUGUGGAUGGCACCCGCGCUGUGAUUGCCGCCUGCCAGCAGAACGGCGUCAAGGCGUUGGUAUAUACAAGCUCCGCUAGCGUUAUGAGCAACAAUAAGGAUGAUCUCAUAAACGCGAACGAAUUCUAUCCCGUCAUUCGGGGCAAACAACAGACAGAAUACUAUUCCGAGACAAAGGCCGAAGCCGAAGAACUCGUCCUAAAAGCAAACGGAACCCCAGGGUCCGACCUCCUGACCGCAGCUAUCCGACCAUCGGGCAUCUUUGGCGAGGGUGAUGUCCAGCUAGUCUUCCACACGGUUAAGAUCUUCCGGGAGGGCAAGGACAAGGUACAAGUCGGCGCCAACGAAAAUCUGUUCGACUUCACGUACGUCGAGAACGUAGCCCACGCGCACCUGCUCGCCGCCCACGCCCUGCUCCUCACGCACGCCGCCUCCACCUCGCCCCUCAACUACGAGAAGGUCGACGGCGAGGCCUUCAUAAUCACCAACGACAGCCCCGUGUACUUCUGGGACCUGAUGCGGGCGAUAUGGCGGGCGGCCGGGUCGCAGAAAGGCACCGAGCACGUGUGGGUCAUGAGCCGGGACGUGGGCAUCCUGCUCGGUUACCUGAGCGAGCUCUUCUUCGCGCUCAUACGGAAGCCGCCCGUCUUCACCCGCCAGCGCAUCAUCUUCAGCACCAUGACGAGGUACUACGACAUCUCGAAGGCGAAGCGCAGGCUCGGGUACCGACCCCUGGUAAGCCUGAGCGACGGCGUGGCUAAAACGGUGAAGUGGUAUCUGGAACAAGAGAAGAAGAACCCGCCGGCGAAAUCGUAAAAUAAGACGGACUUGUGGUCCUUAUUAUCAUCUCAUCGCAUUUGUAUUUGCAUUAGCUUUAUAUAUACAA